AUGACAGAAUCACAUUUCAACUAUGAAUUUCUACAAUCUGGGGUCAGAACAGCGUUUCAAAUGCCACGUAACAAAGUUCUACUCGCCUUUCCGAAGGGGCUUCAGAUUAAGUCCGACAUUUUGAGCAGCAUAUUUCCUUCUAGCAAAGACAUAGAUUGCUCGGUCGUAAGAGGAGUAGUGUGGGAAACCAAAUACUAUAGCGUUUCUAUUGACUUAUACGUGGACGAAUUUGAUGACUUAGAGAAAUGGUUAGCUGAUCUGCGAGGUGAUGAUUGCAUAGAACUAAGACAGGCACUUGCAGGAUUGAUAAUAACUCUACCCAUUCAAGACGGAUUACCCAAGAAAAGUCUAAACAGUUACAUUGAAGAAAUUGGUCAACAGGAUGACUAUUUUACAAUAUUAAUGAAUUUGGAAUCAACUCAGGAUAAUACUUCUUGGGAGGAAGAGAAGGACGAAUUCGCUUUAAGCGGGGUCGAACUAAUAGGCUAUCUUGAGGAAGGUUUGAAUGAAUUUGGUGAGCGAUUGGGAAUAGGUAGGAUAAGAGAAAUUUUAGACACACAUGAUUGGCAGGAGAUUCAUACGUCAGAAGAUUAUACAACUUAUGAAAUCACCAAAUCAUCAGAAGAAGGUUGCGACGACCUGGAUUUAGCAAAAAUCAUAAAGAAACUCGAAGCUGCUAAAUUAAAAUACUCUACUAUGAAGACCGAAGAAGAAGCCAAAGCUUUCGCGCAAGAUAUUGCUGACGAGUUAAGCGAAUACUUCUGA